CAUACACAGCCGUCCGACUCGACCCGCACCGAUUUUUCGUUGUUGCCAUCGUCCUUCCUUGGUCUGCCUUUUUUAUAGUACAGUCGCCGUUGCUCUGUCUGUUGCUCUGUAAAGAGUCGAUCGUAUUCGGAGCCCGCUCUUGAAUACCUGUGUUUCAGUUUGCAUACUUGUUCGACACCGUAUCGAGUCUGCACAGUCUGGUGCUACGGCAACAACAACAUUAGCUACUUCCACUGCGACUACUACCCAACCUAGCACUCCCGUACUCUUGUCGUUGUCAUCAUGGGUCAGUGUCACAGCAGUACCGCACACGACUUUGGCGUCGACGACAUCGUCGAGGCCUCGUCGACAACCAAAUGGGGCUCACGUCCGAGCAAGUCUUCCGGACGCCCGGAAACGGCGCACACUCCGGAAACCUUGCGCAGCGUCACUACGGACGCGGACGUCACCGACGGGACGGCGUCGCACGAUCGUGACGACGACGUCGCCGCCGUACUGGACCCGCAUCCUACCAACCACACCCCUUCCCGCUUUACCAUUCGCGGAUCUUGGGUCUCCGGCAAGUUUGGACGCAAAGGCGUAGACGCUAGACUACAAGCCUUUCCGGAACAAGGCGCUUUGCCGUCGACGACACCGUCCUCCGCUUCCCGCACCGGGAGUAAGUUCGGGGGUUCGCCGGUGCGGCGCGGGAUGCCCACCACCCCGUUUGUGCCCAGUGGAGGCGUGGUGGAAACAACACCCAACACAAAUGCAACGGAACUUCCUUACAAAUCGGGAGAAAACAACGCCAGACAAUCUUCGUCGGUUGUCUUUGUUCCGAGUGGAGGAGUGGUAGAAGGAACACCCAACACAAGUACAACGGGAAUUCCUUACAAAUCGGGAGAAAACAACGCCAUACAAUCUUCGUCUGGCAUAUUUGUGCCCAGUGGAGGAGUGGUGGAGGGGACUGCGGGAACCGACCCCAUCGCUUCUCGCUUCAACGUGAAGCUCAAAAAGACCGCCUACGGGGUGUCCUUCGGUCCCGGUACCUACGUUCCCGUUAUUGGUAGCGACUUGUCGCUCCCGUCGAGUCGAGUCGCCUUUCCCCGACCCGCCGUCAUCUCCGACGCCAUCGACCACUCCAAAUGUAGCAUGUGUUUCAAACAAAGUCACGGAAUCAUGAAGGCGUGCGAGUGCGGCAACCCCGACUGCCGACACCACGUACAUACAGCCUGUGCGCACCGUAUUCGACCGGCACCGUCGCUCUCCUACCCCGGUACACCCGCCCCGCGGUUGCCCCUGGUUUUUUGUGCCCCACUGACGAAACCCGCGGGCGCGCCCGCAGCUGGAGCCACAACGGCGAGUUGAGCGCGCGAUGGUAGCACCCGAGAAAGUGGAUCCUGUUCAUGUUGGAUGUUCGACCCUUGCCGAGAAACGCUAGCCAAUGAUCUCGGGUGAGGCACAAACAGGAAAAUACUAUCUGGAUGGAACGACGUCUCUGUCAAGGUUUUUCGACACUUCAUUGCAUAUCUAUCUAUCUCUCUAUCCAUUCAUCCAUGUACGCCAAACAUGAACAAGUACUUUAGUUAAAUUAUGUGAAAAUGUAUCCAUGUUGCCCCAUGAGG